GGCUCGCUGAAUAAUUGUAUCAUAACCAAGGACAACCGCCUGCUUAAGUUUCAUCCAGGGUUCUUUAAUGCAAAAAAUAACUCUUUCAUUAUCAGAUUUAAACGCCAGCUUGGCUUCAGCGCUGAAAGCCUGGCCUCAUCUAAAAGUACCAUAAAUUCAGCUAAAAACGGAUGCAAUAAUAGCCCUUUACUGAUCAAAAGUCAUGAUGACCAGCACAUCACCCAGUGCCAGACAGUUAACAAGUGGGGGUCACUUCCUGGCUCCCUUAGACCUGAUUACAGAUCAUCAUUGUCUGUGCCCGCUACAAGUAAUUGCGAGAAACUGAAUAGGAUCAACAAGAGGCACAGCUACUGCGGUAUGCCAAAUAUCUCACCUUUGAAAAAAGAGGAUGUGGUUGAAAUAAACAUCGAGCAGAUAAGUAAUGAUGGCUCAACGGAGCUGACUCACUCCACUAACGACAUCCAGUCGCUACAAACCAUUAUUGGGGACAUAGUCAGUAUCAAGUUGGUUCCUAAUGGCUGUAAUGGAACGCAGGAUAAGAAUGGCAUAAGGUAUGAAAAACUAAAGGUUUUGUGUUUGUUUUUUUCUCUCUUGUUGUUGGCUAAUCUCACAAUAUCAAUUUAUUCCAUGAGAACUAAACAGUUCAGAAUUUCUCUGCAAAUUUUUUUGGUGAUUAUAACUUUUGCUCUCAAGGGACAAUUGACAAACAAAAAUUAAUUUUAUUUUCUAUUUAGUUGAUUUUAAUUACAAUCUUAGCGUUAAAAUUGUUAAGCAAGAUAUUUUCAUUAACUAGCAACCUUUUUUUAUCGGUGUUAUUUCAAAUUAUGAAUUAAUGCCAGCAUACUGUAUCUGAAUAGUUGGCUAACAAAGACAGCAAAAACCCAAAGAUGUAUUCUUUUUUUCUAUGCCUCAUUUUAAUCCAUCAGCUACAUGGCAAACAUCUUGAAGAGCCAGCUUCCAUCGCACAUUGAAGAUAAUUGUGGAGCCCAUCACACGGGUGAAAUGGAGGGGGACUUGAACUCUUCAACACUGAGGAAGUUCUGCACCAUCCUGUGUGAUAUGUUUGACCUCCAGCUCUUGUUCAACCCAGUGUUUGUCCUGUUGGUGGCUUCCAACUUCCUAACCAUGUUUGGUGAGUUUCUU